CAAAAAUGUAUUUUUUAUUCUUUCUAUUUUUCUUGUUUUAAUCAUAAAUUAUAUUUAACAAAAUGAACUUACUUCUGACUCAGCAAAUUAGUAAUUAUAUAUUAUUCAUGUGAACGCUUCUUAUGUUAAGGUAAUUGCUAUACGAAACACGAUCGAUCUUACAGUGUGUCAUAAAAAUAGUGAAAUAAAAACUAUAUUCGAUAUUACUAUCGUUAUACAUUUCUUCGAGAAAAGUGAUAUUCAGAUUGAUCAAUUAAUUCGAAUAAAAUUUUCGAAUUUGUUUCUAUAACUAAUCUACGAAAAACAAGAUUCUAAUUAAUAGAAUCAACCUAAUAUCUAUCGUCUGCCACGCAGCUGUUGUAACAUAAUGCAGCGAUAUGAUGUUUAUCCUGUUGUCAAUUAUUGUUUUUUGGUUGGAAUAUCUGCAUUAACAAAUCAUAGGAAAAAAAACAUCAUUUGCUAAUUCAAAUGCAAUGGUUUACACAUAUGAAUGUCAAAAACUAUCUCAUCAUGUAGUUUUACAAACAAAAAGAGAUGCUUUGGCAUAUUCAAAAUUUUAUAAAGUUUAGUAGAAUUGGAUAUUUUUGAGCACAUAUCUGUGUUUUAUUGAAAGAAAUUUCAUAAAAAUAUAAUUAAUAACAUUAAAAUGUCCACAUUAAAGUUGAGCAUGCAAGAUAAAAAGGAUUUGGAUAAAUUUACCAAAUUUUUGGCAUUAAAAGCUGCUCAAAUUAUUGUGCAGUCGAGGUCAGGUGAAAAGGUUAGCACAAAGUGCAAGCCAAAUUCAUCUGGAACAGAUUGGUUUAAUCUUGCUAUUCAUGAUCUACCAGAAGUUUUGGCUGAAGCCAAAAGAGUAUUAUGUGGAGAAAUAAUAAAUUCAACCAUACCUCUUUGUAUUGAAAUUUCAUUAAGAACCGUUGAAGGUGAUACAAUGGUUUUAGAAACAUGGAGCCUAGGUGUUUUGCCAGAGCAUAGUGAUCCCACUGUAAGAGUAACUUACACAGUAUAUAACAGAAUGGGUAUUUUACUCAAAUCAUUAUUAUCUGUAUCAAGAAUUACUCCAGCUUAUAAAUUGAGUAGAAGACAAGGUCCAGAUUCCUAUGUUAUUUGUUAUAGAAUUUAUAUGGGAGAACCUCAGCUACAUACAUUAGGUGAUAAUUAUAAACAUGUUAGAGUGGGUCAGUUGUGUACACCAGUGGGGACAAUUCAUUUAUCAGUAUCAUAUAGAACAAAAAUGACUAUAUCUCCUACUCAUACUGGGCGUGAUUCAAUAAUGUUAAAAAGUGAUCAUUUUCAUUCUGACUUAAGUCCUCGUCAUGCUAGAUAUCAACAAAGUGAAGAAACUUCGAAAUCCCUUAGUGAUACUAUUAAAGUUGGAGCAUUUGUAGUCAAUAAACCUGUUACUGUUAAUGAAGAGAACUUUGUUAUACCAGAUGUACCUUUUAGUUCUUUACUAGCUCCUAGACAAACUUCACCUCCUCCAGUCUCAGCAGCAGAGACUACAUGUACAAAGACUGCAACAACAAAUAUUACCACAGAUAGCAGCAAUGGAAAUAAUGAAAGACUUACAAAUGAUAAUGCAACGUCGAAAUGCAACUCGCAAAAUGGAUCAAGAAGAAGUAGUUGCUCAAUGGCUAGUGCCAACGACGAUUUUAUCAUGGUAGAUUUGAAAACGCCUUUCGCCGUUACAAAUACUAAUAGCGAUUUAGGAGCAUUUUAUCGUGAAUGUCAAAGUGCACCUCAACUUCAAGCCUUUAUGGAGGAAAGAACACUCGCAGAACAAGUAGGAGAUCUUACAAAACAGUUGGAAACAUUUGAAACUAAUAUGCGGCGGUAUGAAGAUAUUCUGUCAUCAUUAUGUCAAACAGAAAAUAAUAAUUAAUCAAAAUCAAACGAUACAAUGUUAGGUGCUUUAAUGAAAACUGUUAAUAUAUACAACCAGCAUAUAGUGUUUCGUUAUAGAUUUAUGCGAUUUUCAUUAUAUGCAUCACAAUAUUUCAACAAAAAUAUUUCAAUAAAAUUUUAAGCCAAGUGCUAC